AUGUUAAGUCAAAAAUCAAUUCAAAUAAUUAAAUCAACUGUACCACUUUUGGAGAAAUAUGGAGUUGAGAUCACUAGCCUCUUCUAUAAGAAUAUGUUUGAAGCACAACCACAAUUUUUAAAUAUAUUCAAUCAUUCAAAUCAAAGAAAUCAGAAACAACCGGUGGCUUUGGCCAAUACAAUUUUACAAUCUGCAAUUCAUAUUGAAAAAUUAAAUGAAAUCAAUUUAAUGCCAAUCGUUCAUAAACACGUUGCAUUAGGUAUUACACCUGAAAUGUAUCCAAUUGUUGGUGCUCAUUUAUUGGGUGCUAUGAAAACUGUAAUGCAAGAUGAAGCAACUCCUGAAAUUAUGGCUGCAUGGACUGAGGCAUAUAGAGCAGUUGCACAAGCAUUUAUGGAUGCAGAAGAAGAUUUAUACUUUGAGACUGAGGAACAAAUUGGUGGUUGGAAAGAUACGAGAGAGUUUGUAGUUGAUAGAAUUGAAGAAGAGACACCAUUAAUUAAAUCAUUUUACUUUAAAGCAUAUGAUGGUAAAGAGAUAGCUACUUAUAUUCCUGGACAAUAUAUUACUGUAAAGAUUACAUUACCGGGUGAUGGUGUUGAUGUACCAACUGAUAAGAUGAGAACUUAUGUCAGACAUUACAGUUUAUCAGAUAAACCAAAUGAUGAAUACUAUCGUAUUUCAAUAAAGAAAGAACUCGGUAAGAAUACACCAAAUGGUAUAGUAUCAAAUCAUUUUCAUAAUAAUAUUAAAGUGGGUGAUGUAGUACCAAUGUCGGUCCCAGCAGGCGAUUUCGUGGUAAAUAACGAUUCUGAGACUCCAAUCCUUUUAAUUUGUGGUGGUGUUGGUAUUAACCCGUUAUUUAGUAUGCUUAAAGAGACAUUGGUCCAACAACCAGAUAGAAAAAUAAAUUUCAUUUUCUCAACUCAUUGCGAAUCAAGUCAACCAUUUAAAGAGGAACUUAAACAAUUGGAAGACGAUUAUAAAGAAACUGGUAAUCUUAAAAUCAAUUUAGUAUACUCUGAAAAUCAAGGUCAUAUCAAUAAAGAAAUCAUUGAAAAAUAUUCAACUCAACAUGUUGAUCAAGCUGAAAUCGCUGAAACCGACGUUUACAUUUGUGGUCCUGUACCUUUUAUGAUGCAAGUUAACAAAGAUUUAUUACAAUUAGGUUUCCAUAAAGAAAAUGUACAUUAUGAAUUAUUUGGUCCAUUAACUCCAGUCCUCGAAGAAAAUCAAAUGUUAAGAGGUGUAAAAAAUAUUAUUGAAAAUUAA